UCCCACUGUAUCAUGUAUUGUUGCGAGUGCAACUAAAUACGUUUUAAAGGUUAUAAGGUUAUUUCAGUUCAAUAUAAAAGUUGGAAACAAAUUGCUUUCCUACUGAUAAAUAUUAAGACGGAUUAGAUAAGAAAAACAUUACGUGAAGUUAAGAGUUUUCUUUUGAUUCGGUUAAUAGUAUAAUUUCAAAUGCAAUGAAAAUAAACGAGAAAAAUAUGGUAGCUUUUGCAACUUCAGCAACACCAGUAGAUCGUGAAGGUUGGUUGAACAAACGUGGUGAAUUGAAUCGUGGUUAUCAAAGAAGAUGGUUCGUUCUCAAAGGAAAUAUAUUAUUUUAUUUCGACCGACGCGGUGACAAGGAACCUGUGGGCAUGAUAGUUCUUGAAGGUUGUACCAUUGAAUUAGCAGAAGACGAAGAACAAUUUGGUUUUCAGAUCGUAUUUCAUGGUCCAAACAAUAGAAAUUAUGCUCUUGCAGCAGAAUCUCAGGAAUCUAUGGAGCAGUGGAUGAAAGCUUUAGCAUGUGCAAGCUAUGAUUACAUGAAAUUAAUGGUAGCAGAAUUACAAAGACAACUGGAUGCAGCAGAAGAAGAAACAACAAUGGUGAUGGCUCCUGCUCAGUCUCCAAAAGCUCCUCCAAGACAACGACAUAAUCCUUUCAAUAGAUCCGAGUUGCAUCAUCGCUCGCAGAGCGUUAGAUCUGCUCCAGGAAGAACGGAAAAUGUUCCAAGAACGAGGAUAACGUUUCGCGAAUUGCAUAAUAUGUAUGGUAGAAGAAUUUUGGCAGACUUGAAUGAAUGGAGGCAUACGAGAAAAACUGUAGAAGCUCCUUUAAUUAGUUUUUAACGAUGUAUUAUAUACAGAUUGUAAAUAUUUAAUCGGAAAUAAGGUGAUGUGUAGCUGGCGAAAGAAAUAUAACGAAAUUGCAAAAUCAAUUAUCAUAUAUGUAUUAUUUACACAUUAUAAUUUUGCUACGAUUCAGUAUUGAGAAAGAUGGAAUUCUACAUACGCGCUACCUUGGAUAUUCCUGCAAUCGAUCGAUCAACUAUAUUACUCGAUGUUUUAAUUUAAGACUUGGCUAUAUUUCUUCCAUCGAUAAUACGAGUAUUAAGUAUCAUUGGAAUGUACUGUACCAUUUAUUUUUAUAACAACGAAAUAUUUACAAUCAAAAUGUAACAAAAUACUUUCGAUCAUUAAUAGAACAUUACAAAUUUUUGCGAUCGUAAACAAUAGAAGGUGACCGUACAUUACAGUCGUGCAUCAUUCUCAAUGUAAGUUAAAUUACAUAUGGAAUUCAUUCAGAUACCAACGUUUCAUUGUGAAAUUUCAAACAAAUCAAAAUAAUUAAAAUGUAUAAUUGGAACAAUAAUUUCGGAGCAGUAAAAACAAUAUCAAUUAAAGAAAAGCAACUAUUUACGAAGAUUAACGUUUUAAUCUCGGCGCAUUCACGGUACUUUAACUACUUAAGAAUAAUUUUAUCGAAAUUGUACAAGGAAUUGCAAGUAAAACAGAAUGCCGUUACCAUUACUCGAAUUUGAGUGAUGAACGUACAUGAAAAUGUUCAAUAUCAGUUAAUAGUUGAACAAAUAAUAAACCAUAUAGAGUUGUGUAAGUGGUUAAAAAACCGUACAAAUAUCGCUUGGCUUUAAUAAAAAUACUUAGCAAUGCACUAACAACUUUCUUAUUAAAUAUUCCAUUAGAAUAAAUAUUGCAAUCCUAUGUAUAUUUGUAUAAAUGAACAUUUCAUCGAGUUACAAAUCUAAAAUGUUACUUAAAUUUGAAAACACUUUUCUUCCUCACAUCACCCGGUAAAUGUCUGGCACCCAAUAAAAGUCGAGCUUUAUCUUCUUCUUGCGGAGCGGAUUCUUCCUGUGGACCUCUUGGUUUUAUUUGUAAUUUCUGCUUAAUAGCUUGACUUAAUAUUACACGUCUAGAAUCGCUUUUCAUAGCCAAAAGAAGGUCGAGCCAUGUCCAAGUAACAUUAUGAUAUUCCAACGUAGGUAUUACCAGAGCAAAAUCCCGAACAUCUUCCAAAUUUUUCUCUUUAUUUCCCUAUUGGUGGAUUGCGUGUGUAUGCGUGUGCGCGUGGAAAAACAUGUGAUUUAUUAAUGUUAGUUUGGUAACUCGUAAUUUGUUUGAGAGCAAUAUGAAACAGAAAUAUGAUGGUUUCGUGAAAAUUGAUUGUAAAUACCUUAUAAGAGACACGAACGGGUACUUCAGGUAUUUUAAUAUAUAUAAAUAGUUUAUUUUUA